AUGCCAUCCUACGAGUACAAGAGCUCUGGCACCAACAGCAAGGGCAACCACUACUGCUCUCGCGACUACGGCAGCGGCGCUUCCAACGGCAACUCUUAUCACUACUCCAACUCGCACGUCCCCCUUGCCUUGACCCCUCUGAACCCAUUCCCAGCCAUCUACUAA